AAUUUCCGUUUCCGUUGUCGUGCUUGCGUGCUUGAGCGGUUGCUGCUGUGAACCUGAGUGCUUUCGCGAGCCCCGUGGGUGCCGUCAGUCGGAUUCCCGGUGAGUUCGGUCCUUUGCCUCCUGACGGGCUGCUCCCAAGCUGCGUCUGGGCUGGAAGGUGAGACUUAUUUGUAGUUGAUAAAUAGCCACCAUGGAGGCCACGGAUCACAAGAAACACAGGAAGAAGCACAGUGGGCCUAAAGCUGAGAAGAAAAAGAAAAGGCACCUGCAGGAUCUACAGCUUGGAGAUGAGGAGGAUGCCCGGAAGAGAAACCCCAAAGCUUUUGCCGUGCAGUCUGCUGUGCGCAUGGCGCGGUCCUUUCACAGGACUCAGGACCUAAAGACGAAAAGGCAUCAUAUUCCAGUGGUUGACCGAACUCCACUGGAGCCCCCACCAAUAGUGGUAGUGGUGAUGGGCCCUCCAAAAGUUGGAAAGAGUACCUUGAUACGGUGCCUGAUUCGGAAUUUUACCAGACAGAAGUUGAGUGAGAUCAGAGGCCCUGUGACAAUUGUGUCAGGUAAAAAGCGCAGACUUACCAUUAUUGAGUGUGGGUGUGACAUCAACGUAAUGAUUGACCUAGCUAAAGUAGCAGAUCUGGUGCUAAUGCUUAUAGAUGCCAGCUUUGGCUUUGAAAUGGAGACAUUUGAGUUUCUAAACAUUUGUCAAGUACAUGGCUUUCCUAAAAUUAUGGGAGUUCUCACCCACUUGGACUCCUUCAAGCACAACAAGCAACUUAAGAAGACAAAGAAGCGCUUAAAGCAUAGAUUCUGGACAGAAGUCUACCCGGGUGCCAAGCUGUUCUACCUUUCUGGAAUGGUUCAUGGAGAGUAUCAGAACCAAGAGAUUCACAACCUGGGCAGAUUUAUCACAGUUAUGAAGUUUCGGCCUCUCACAUGGCAAACUUCUCAUCCUUACAUCCUGGCAGACAGGAUGGAAGAUUUGACAAACCCUGAGGAUAUCCGCACAAACAUCAAGUGUGACCGGAAGGUGUCUCUUUAUGGUUAUUUACGAGGAGCCUACCUGAAGACUAACAGCCAGAUCCACAUGCCAGGUGUAGGAGAUUUUGUCGCCAGCGAUGUCAGUUUUCUCCCAGACCCCUGUGCCCUUCCGGAACAGCAAAAGAAGCGCUGUUUGAAUGAGAAGGAAAAGCUGGUUUAUGCACCUCUCUCUGGGGUUGGGGGUGUGCUCUAUGACAAAGAUGCUGUCUAUGUUGACCUGGGUGGCAGCCAUGGCUUCCAGACAGUGGAGGAAGCAGGCCCUACACAUGAACUGGUCCAGAGCCUCAUCUCCACCCAUGCCAGUAUCGAUGCUAAGAUGGCUUCAAGCAGAGUGACACUUUUCUCUGACUCCAGACCUCUGGGGUCAGAAGACGUCGACAGUCAAGGGCUGUGGAUGCCAAAGGAGGAAAAGCAGGUGGACGUGGAAACGGGCCGAGUGCGUCGGAAAGCCGUUUUUGGAGACACGGAAGAAGAGUCUGGAGAUGACGAUAGUGAAGGAGAUGAAGAUGAAAUGUCGGACGAUGACGGGAUGGAAAAUGGCUCUAGUGAUGAUGAGGUGGAAGAGGAAGAAGGUGCUAAAAGCAGCAGCUGUAAAUACACAACUGUUAGGGGACACAAACGACCAAAACUUGAGGAGCAGGAAGAAGACAGUGAGGCAGAUUUGCCGGCGUUUGCUGAUAGCGAUGAUGAUCUUGAGAGAAGCUCUGGGGGAGAGGAGGAGGCAGAGGAAGCAGAUGAAAGCAGUGCUGACGGUGCCUCCACAGGAGAGAGGGACACUGGGGAAGCCAGCUCUGUUGGAGGAGCUCGUGGGGCAAGACCGCCAGCAGCUCACCAGUGGGGGCCCCAUCCGGAUGGACAGAAGCCUUCCCCAGUGAGAAAAGCAGCCCUCACCACUUCUGAUUCUGGUCACUGUACAGCCGAAGAGGCAUUUCCAUCUGAAGAUGAGUCUGAGGAAUCUGAACUCAGUUCAGAGGAAGAAGACUCAGAACACAAAGAGGUUGGGGGAACAAAUCCUCAGCAGCACAGAGGACAGAAACCCGAGUCAGAGAACGUGGGUGAUGAGACCAGCGACAUUGAAAAUUUACUCAAAGAGGAAGAAGAUCACAAGGAGGAAAAUAGCAGCUCUGUAGAAACGUCAGGUGCCCUCAAGUGGAAGGAAGACCUCUCCAGGAAAGCAGCGGAAGCGUUUCUGAGGCAGCAGCAAGCAGCUCCGAAUCUUCGAAAGCUGAUUUAUGGGACAGUGACAGAGGAUAAUGAAGAUGAGGAUGGCGAUGCCUCAGAAGAGCUCGGAGGGCUGUUCCGUGUCAGCCAGCCAGAUAAAGGGUGUAAGCACAAGGCUGACUCUCUCGACUGCUCCAGAUUUCAUGUGGAGGCACCUCAUGAUUGGGAUUUAGAGGAGGUUAUGAACAGCAUCAGAGAUUGCUUUGUGACUGGGAAAUGGGAAGAUGAUAAAGAUGCAGCCAAGCUCUUAGCAGAAGACGAAGAGCUCUAUGGUGACUUUGAAGACCUAGAAACGGGGGACGUGCACAAGGGAAAACCGGGCCUGGAUACUCAGAGUGAAGACAUAGAAGAAGAAGAGGAAGUGAAGGAAGAAACUGGCCCAGCUGAGGAGGAGAGUGCUAGGGAAAAGCAUCUGAACAAGAAGAGAAAGCUGAAGGAGCUGUUUGAUGCAGAGUACGAUGAAGGAGAAAGCACGUACUUUGAUGAUCUUAAGGGUGAGAUGCAGAGACAAGCACAGCUUAACCAGGCUGAAUUUGAAGAUCAAGAUGAUGAAACCAGAGUUCAGUAUGAAGGGUUUCGGCCUGGCAUGUAUGUCCGGAUUGAGAUUGAAAACAUCCCCUGUGAAUUUGUGCAGAACUUUGACCCACACUACCCGAUUAUUCUGGGUGGUUUGGGCAACAGUGAGGGCACUGUGGGAUAUGUGCAGAUGCGCCUCAAGAAACAUCGCUGGUAUAAGAAAAUCCUCAAGUCUCGAGACCCAGUUAUUUUCUCUGUGGGAUGGAGGAGGUUUCAGACUAUCCCACUGUAUUAUAUCGAAGACCACAAUGGAAGACAGAGGCUUCUGAAAUACACCCCGCAGCACAUGCAUUGUGGAGCAACUUUUUGGGGUCCUAUCACCCCACAAGGAACUGGGUUUUUGGCGAUACAGUCUGUCAGUGGCGCAAUGCCUGAGUUUCGGAUCGCUGCCACUGGAGUUGUCCUUGAUCUGGAUAAAUCCAUAAAAAUCGUGAAAAAAUUAAAGCUAACUGGUUUUCCUUUUAAAAUAUUCAAGAAUACUUCAUUUAUUAAGGGAAUGUUUAAUUCUGCGUUGGAAGUAGCCAAAUUUGAAGGUGCUGUCAUUCGAACUGUCAGUGGAAUAAGGGGACAGAUCAAGAAAGCACUCCGGGCUCCAGAAGGGGCCUUCCGCGCUAGCUUUGAGGACAAGUUGCUAAUGAGUGAUAUUGUUUUCAUGCGAACUUGGUAUCCUGUCUCCAUUCCGGCCUUCUAUAAUCCAGUAACAUCUUUGUUGAAGCCAGUGGGUGAGAAAGACACCUGGUCAGGAAUGCGGACAACGCAUCAGCUGAGGCUUGCCCAUGGAAUCAAAUUAAAGCCAAACAAGGAUUCAUUGUAUAAGCCAAUCCUGAGGCAAAAGAAACAUUUUAAUUCACUGCACAUUCCCAAAGCCUUGCAGAAGGCUCUGCCAUUUAAGAAUAAACCCAAGACCCAAGCAAAGGCUGGCAAAGUGCCAAGGGACAGGCAGAGACCGGCGGUCAUACGUGAACCUCAUGAGAGGAAGGUCUUGGCUCUGCUAGAUGCUCUGAGCACAAUACACGGUCAGAAAAUGAAGAAGGCCAAAGAGCAGAGACACCUGCACAACAAGGAGCAUGUGAAGAUGAAGCAGAAGGAGGAGGAGGAGAAGCUGAGGCGGCAGAAGGACCUGAGGAAGAAGCUCUUCCGGAUCCAGGGUCAGAAGGAAAAACGAAGUCAGAAGUCUAGUCUAAGAGGAGCCGAGGCCACCUGAAGUAUCUCCAGAGUGGAGGGGUGUCUUCCAGAGCUGCAGCCGUGGUGGCUUCAGUGUCUGUGACAGUCAUGAUGAGAGCCCGUGGAGACUCUGGGAUGUGUGGUCCAGCUGAGCCUGGAGCAGCAUAGAAAGACUGCAUCCCCGCUCGUUCACAGCAUCCAGUGAGUCAGGGGUCACGGAUGGGAAACUUAGGGCUUUGUGAAUUAACUCAUUGCUUAUUCCUGUCUUGGUUUAUUUUGUGCUAUAAAAAUAUUAAACUAUUUUUCCAUUU